UCCUUAAUUUCUUCGUAGAGAAUUGAAAUAUUUGUAACGACUAACGAUCGAUCCAUUUUCUCUUAUAAGCAUAUCAGAGAACUCAACCAAAGAAUCCUCCGAUCAAGCAAAUGGCUACCAUGGAUGAGGACGUAGAGUUUGAGAACAAGGAUCUAGGCCUCAAGCACUUAAAGUUCGUCCGGGUAGCUGCCAUCCACGCGUUGGUUUGCGUCUCGAAUCUCUACGACUACUCCAAACGAAGCUCAGGUCCGCUGAGAUCUACUGUUGACAACAUCGAGAGUGCCGUUACCACUGUCGUCGGUCCACUUUACCAGAAAUUCAAGGACGUUCCUGAUCAUCUUCUUGGCUUUCUUGAUAACAAGGUUGAUGAAGCUUCACACAAGUUAGAUGUGCAUGUUCCAGCAUCAGCCAAGCAAGUGGUUAGCCAUGCUCACGACUUGGUUCAGAAGGCGACCCAAAAGGCUCAGGAACUAGUAGACGAGGCCCGAACUAAUGGGCCACGAGGAGCUCUGCACUACGCUGCAGUUGAGUACAAGAACCUCAUGGUGGUUAACUCAACCAAGUUGUGGGUUAUACUGAAUCACAACUCGACUUUCAACUCGGUGACCGAAAGGGUUGUUCCCAAAGCUGCUGAAUUGUCGGAGAAAUACAACGGUUUGGUGAAGGAGAUGAGUGGGAAGGGAUAUCCUGUGUUUGGGUAUCUGCCAUUGAUUCCUGUUGAUGAGUUUGGUAAGGCCGUUAAGAAAGUGGAAGCCAAGGAUAAAGCUCAAGUUGAUGAUCAUAAAUCUGAUUCGGGUUCUGGGUCGGAUUAGGGAGUCUAUAUCUCGUUUGAUAGGAUUUGGGUUGUCGGUCAGCGUAGGUAAGUGGCAAUGAGCUGCCAUUGUGUAUUACCUAAAGCGUUGUUAACGCUUUGCAAAGUGAAUCAAAAGUACUGAUUUAGGUGAUGAA